AUGUCUCAAGAAGGCCCUUUUCGUUCACCGGGAAACUUUUUCUCAUCAUUAAUCUCGGAAAUCACCUCAUCAUCGAGCACUUCCACAUCAAUCAAUGAACAUCCAAUGACAAGUGCAAUGCCAUCGACGACACCAAUGGAUAUUGAACAGAAAAUCUCGAUCACACUUCAACAUGGGAAUCACCGUGAACUCAUCGUCAUCGAGAGAAGCGAACAACCACAUGUUUUCUACGGUCUUCUCGAGAAAGCUCGCCAACUCGCCGCCAAAGGGAAUAGCCAGGGAAAUGGUAGUGUUGUUGAGGUGAUUGUGGUGGAUCGAAAUGAGAAACCGACAGUGCCUCAUGUGGUUGAGGUGAAUACCUAUUUAACGCCAACCUUUUGCGACUAUUGUGGCGAGAUUUUGAUGGGUCUCGUCAAACAGGGACUUCAAUGUCAGCGAUGCAGAUGCAAUUUCCACAAGAAGUGUGCCUUUGCCUCGAGAAACAAUUGCGCAAAGAAUACCCCAUUUUGCCCACCAACAUUAGCUCAUCAGAUGACGAGCUUCUCGCCAUCAAUUCCACAAAUGAGUGCCCCAUAUCAUGAAGAGAUCCCAUCUCCAUCUCAACAACAUCAUCCAUCCUCACCCUAUGCUUUACCGCAUACUUUUGCCGUUCACAACUACAAAACGUUAACUGUUUGCAAGGUUUGCGACAAAAUGCUAUUCGGUAUUAUGAAGCAAGGAAUGCGGUGCAGGGAUUGUAAAGUGAAUGUCCACAAAAAGUGUGCCGGACUUUUGCCACCGAAUUGUCACAUUGCUGAGGGAUCGAUCACCGCCUUCGAGCAGCUAUCUGUUAGUGAAAUGCCAUCUUUACCCCCUGAGGAAGGACCAAGUGAGAGUGGAUCGAUCGACUCCGAUCUAAUACCGCUUAGCCGGAUACCUGGUCAAGCAGCAGCUCGAGCAGCUGCCAAGCAAACGCACGAGGGAUGGAUGAUACACUUCUUGCUCAACGAUCCGCAAAGACGAUUACGCAACUAUUGGAUUCUCUCAAACAAUGUCUUGUCAAUGUACAAUGAAUACUCGGAAGGGGUCGGGGUGAACACGUCGAGGUGUUACAAGCAGAUUCCCCUAUCUGAGAUCUUGGCUAUCACUCCAUACAAUGGAGAUCCGAUCGAUUCCAGAUUCCCUCCACACGUUUUCGAGAUGAGAACAACGACGAAUCAAGUGUACUGUGCCGUUGGCCGCUUGGACGAACGCGUGACCCGGUUCUUGAGCUUACAAAUCCUCUCCGCUCUUCGGUAUCUUCAUGCAAAGGGAAUCGCUCACUGUGAUCUAAAGCCGGAAAACGUGCUCCUUUCCGAGCUUUCCUCGAAUUUCCCCCAAACGAAACUCUGUGAUUUCGGAUAUGCACGUUUCAUCGGUGAGAGUCAAUUCCGAAAAACGAUCGUUGGUACGCCUGCUUAUCUUCCUCCAGAAGUUCUACAAAAGAGAGGAUAUAACAAAUCAUUGGACAUGUGGUCGGUUGGAGUGAUCAUUUAUGUGACCCUUUCCGGGACAUUCCCUUUCAAUGAUGGUGAAGAGAUAAGUGAACAAAUCCAAAAUGCAGCUUUCAUGUUCCCAUCGGAUCCUUGGUCCUCCGUCUCGAAACAAGCCGUUGAUCUCAUUCAGAGGCUGCUCAGAGUUAAUAUUGAAGAGCGAUUGAAUAUUGAGGAAUGUUUGGCACAUGAAUGGCUCCAAUCAGCUACUCUUUUUAACGAUCUUCGAGCUUUAGAAAUGAGGCUUGGAGGGGAAAGAUACCUUACAAAUGGCCAGGAUGAUGCUCAUUACGCUCGGCUACUCCAACAACAGCAAGCUGAUCCGACUUUGGCUCAACAGAGAUUCGCGAUCGCUCAACAGCAAUCAUUACUUGAUUUG